GGCAGUCUCAGGCCUCUCUCGACGCGCUCAUUCCUCAGCUGUUCCCCCUAGGGAUGCUGCUACUCACCUUGUGUGCUUGUUCGCCGGAAAUGCCAAUUUAAAGGUCGCUGGUGGUGACGGGCGUCGUCUAUGUUCUGUCAAGAUGCAUCAUAUGAUACCGUGGUGGAAAGCGCAGUACGGCGCAGCUGCCACCCGACGUGGCUCCCCGCUGAAGGUCAUGGGCUACGGGACGCCUCGGAAUGGCAUACAUACGGGGCUGUGAGCGGCUCUGAGCAGUGUAAGGCACCGAGGACAUGUACCUGUGCUUGGGCUUGGCUUGGACUGGAGGCAGACUGGAGGUAUAUUAUGGGUAUGUUUAGUCGCAAGACCUCCUGUACAUGUACCGCUUAUAAUCGGGUCUCAGUCAGAACCUUUCACUCGUAUAGAGAGGAUCGAGAUGCGCUUGUGCCCAGUGCCCACCUCCUCUGGUCCUCCUCCCAAUCUCCUCCUGUUAUGCCGAAACAGAGCCGCACAAUUAAUGCACCGCCUCGGCUGCCCCCAUAUGGUGGUCCGCACAGUACUCAGUCGCUGUGCCGUCUAGCCUGCCGUACCGCGGCGGGCUCGUCAAACCGCGGGUACCUCCUUGUCACGAGUUUGCUUGUUAUUGAGGACAUUUCGCUUGCGGAUGGGCGAACCAGCGUCGGUGCCGGUGCCAAGAUGUCACUGCCUCGUUCAAGAAGUACUGCGCAUGUGUGCGCGCGUUGAACAGCAGGUCCACCUAUUGACAGAUACCAAGCCCAUGCCCGACGCGAAGUGAUGCCUGUGAAAACAUAUAAAGCUUCGAACA